AUGUCUUCUCGCAAAACUCUUCCAAUUCUUCGAUGGUUGACGCAACACGCACGACAACAACGACGACGAGAACAACCGCGGCUUUUUUGCGAGCAGCGAGAGCGAACGCUUUUCAGCGGCGUCGGUAACUUUUUUUCCUCCUCGUCCUCGUCGUCGUCGUCGAAAAAAGAAGAAGACAACAAAGAAGAAGAAGAAUCGAUCGAUUCCAUCGCUCGGCGAGACGGGAAAUUCGAUUUUCUCCACGUCGCCGAACGGUUGUUCGAAGAGGAAGAAGAAGAAGACAAAAAGAAGAAACAGACGAGAGAAGAUUACACGAGACGGUGGGAGUAUCACGCGUGGCAUUUGUUUUUAGCGUUGGCCGUGCCCGUCGGGUUGAGCGCGUCGGUGGUGUCGCACGUGCGACGACAUCCGCACCCGAAUUUACUCCUAAGAAAGGAAAACGAAAUGAAGGAAACGCGGUUGAAAGCGGAAGAGGCGAUGACGGAACAGAAGAAAUUUGAAACGAACGUGAUUGAAAAGGCGAGGAAAGAAAACGAGGGGCGAUACGGGAAACUCGCGGAGAGGAUGGAGCGGUUGGAGAGAGAGAUGGAGGAGGAGAAGAAGAAGAAGAAGAAGAAGUCAUCCGACGACGGUUGUUAA